CCACAGCAACAGCACACCAGGCGGCGAACCUCGGGCGGGAGGUUGGGCGCCGAAGGCGACGGCAGCCGGCGAUCGAGGUCCACGUCCCCUGUGCCCGGCUCAAGACGGCAGCGGCCCGCGUCCUCGCCGUCCGCCGCCGCAGCCGCCGGUGGUACGGCGCCGGGAGUUCAACGCUCGGCGGCGUCUUCGAGGAUGGCCACUGCACGGACCGGCGGCAGCGCGAAAGGGGAACCGUCGUCCAACGUGGUGAGGGCCGCAGAUAGGGAGGUGUCAGCGUCCGCAAGCCGUGGUGUUGUUGCCGGUGCCGAUGAGUCAUGGGCCCGGGAGGCGCCAGCGGUGGGGGAGAGAAACGCGCACGGCCAAGGUGCUUCGGGCUCGGUGGGGACCCCUCGGGCCGGGGGCGAGGAGGAGAUGGCGGUGUCGGGGAAGUCGUCUGGGGGACCCGCCGCCGCCGCUUCGCAACGCCUACAGCAGCAGCAGCAGCAGCAGCAGCAGCAGCAGCAGCAGCAGCAGCAGCAGCAGCAGGAGGGCGGGAUAAUUAGCCGCGUGAAGGGCAUGCAGGACCGCGCGGGACGAACUCAGGCGAAGCUUCACGCCUACAACGCUGUGCUGCUCAGGGUGAAAAGUCUGCACGCCUGGAGCGACCCUGGACGGACCAAAGUCUGGGCGGCCGCUGUCUCGCUUCUGGCAGCGUUGCUCGCGAUCGUACCAGCGAGGUAUACGUUUGCGGCGUUGGUGCUGUUCCUAUUCACGGAGCCUGUCCGUCCCAAGACAAAGAACAUCGCCGAGCUUCUGCUGGAAGACUUUUGGGAAGGCUUGCCUGUCGAGUCCGGGACGCACACGAACGUGCGCAUGGCGGCGAUCUAUAGCCGGCAUGACUCAAGAUGGAUGGACUGA